AUGACUAACCUUUCAGAAAACUUCAAAACUCCUAAUGUGUCUGAAACAGUUAAGAAACCAAUUAGCUUAGAAACUGUUAAGAAGAUUUCAAAGGUAGACGUAAUUCCAAAAAGCUCAAAAAGUCCAAAAGUUGAUACAGUUCUGAAAAAGAUAAGAAAAAACGAAGUUCGGUUGACGCCAGAAAAGGAAACACUUGAUUACAGCACAAGCACUAUAGCUACUGAUACCGUCAGAAUUUUUUUUAUAGACUUGUCUAAAUGCGGUAGUGAUAAGAAAUUUGGGAAGAAAAAAUUGAUGGCUAAUGCAACAUUUACCCUAGUUUUGAAAGUGGAAUACUGCGACAACUGUGUUUGGGGUGAUACCAACAACUGUAAAUUGGCAUCAAUUCAUAACGAACAGGAGGACAUCUGUAUCGGAAGAUUAGUUCGUGAUACAAAAACGAAUGCAUGGCUUGGGCUAAGAAGACCAAAGUUUACUUGGGAAAAUCGUGCUGCAGUCAACUUCGAAAACUGGAGUGAUGGAAAGCCGAACUUUUUGGGCGGUCAUUGUACAAUGAUCAGAUAUGAUCUGCUUUGGGAUAACUAUUUUUGCACAAUGAAAAAUCCAGCAAUUUGUCAGUGGAAAAGAACUCCAACUAAUGGUUGCGGUAACUAUUCAAACAUUUACAGCGGUGAUCAUUGGUGUUAUCAUGUUACCAAAAGUCGAAUGAGUUGGUUACGUGCAUCGAGUUAUUGUAAACGCCGAUUUCCUAAUGGAAGAUUAGCUUCAAUAUCAACAAAAGAUGAAAUGAAGCACUUCAGGAAGAUGAAACAGAAUUUCUCUACAAUGUUUCUAUGGAUUGGUUACAAUCGACUGAAACUCUACUGGAGUGAUCAUUCGCCGGUAGAUUAUCAAGAUUUUAAUAAUCGUCAAAGAUAUGUUGGUAACUUUGACUAUUGUGCAUUCAUGCCACCAUCCACAUUGGGUUUAUAUGGUCGAACACUUUGGUCUCAGAAACCAUGCAAUCACACACUUCAAGCUAGAGUAUGCCAAAGAACAAAACUGUAG